UCAGGAAGAAAUCCAGGAUGAAGUACUGGCUUCAUACAAGUCAGAGAUUACAUCGUGCUCUGAACAGUUCAUUUAUUGAGGACAAAUGCCAGCCCAAGACAAAACGAGUAGAAAAGAGGUCCCACGUAGGGAACAGCCAGCACGUGGUGUGGAACACAGCCAGCCUGGGCAACUGUCACCAGAAAAAGUACAUGUGCACAGAUGAAGGGCACAGCGAGGUGGCGAUUCAGCAGCACCAGGACAUCCCACUGCCACAGGUGAGGAAGGAAACUCGGGCUUCUCUGACCACCAACGGCAAAGCGGAGUCCCUCAGUAUUUCCAGAGCCUCCGUGAUGCAGGAGCUGACGGAGCUGGAGAAGCAGAUUGAAAUCAUCAAGCAGGAGCUGCAGCUCGCCAUGGACAGGAAAUCAGAGCUGGAGGAGUACCAGAGGACAAACAGGACUGCAGAGCCCUAGCUGGCACACCCAGGCCCUUCCCCUUCUCUUCCUUUCUCCCCUGCCUCUGUAGAAUUUCUAACACACUUUUGUAAUGCCAGGAAGAGGUGCGAAAGUAAAGCAGGCGGUGUGCUCUUCACGAGAGCAGAGCUGCAGCAGCCCACAGCCACUGCCACCUUCCCCAGUCCUCCUCCUCUCAUAACCAGUUUCUCACUCUCCUGGCAAACAUCAGCCAUGCCCAAGGGACUGGGGAAAC